AUGAAUCAAACAAUCACGACGAUGAGCAAAAAUCGCAUCAACUACCAGCGCUACAACAAUGAAAACUUGGACGAGAUUCGAAACAAGCUUUCUGAAAUCAUCGAGAAUCACAAUUUGCAAGGAAAGCGAGUUCGGGAAAACUCCAAUUUGACCAUGUCCUUGAUUUUGAACGAGCACAUGUUGAAUGUGACGCAGUCGCACCAAGGCCAUCAGAUUUUGCAGCUGGCGCAAGAGGCGAAACGAUGUACAGAUGAAACUGAAAAUAUUAUACGAGCUUUCAACGAACAAAGACUGGAAUUUCAAUCUCAGAAGAGCGAAAUCAAAGAACUACGAUUAAUGAUCUUACAGGAAGCGGCGGAAGUUCGCGCGGAAAAGGCGAAUGUCGACGCUCGCACGCUCCAAGAUCAGAUAAACGAGGCUCACAAGAGAAUCGAUGAAGUGCACGUCCGCUUUCUCAAUGUCAGGGACCAAGUAGACAAAGAACACGCUUCGAUAAAAACGCUGACGGGAGUGCUCUCCGACCUCGAGCUGAAAGUACCGAAUCUGGAAGAUCGAGUCGAUAAAGUUGCUAGAAACUCGGCUACAAAGGCGGAGCUUCGAGAAAUUCUUGAACAAAUGUCGAAGCUGAAGGAAAUGCAGGAAAUCCUGAAAAAGACGGUGUUGAACCAGGGCGAUGCGAUGCGAAAAUUUCAGAAAACGACGCUUGACUCACAGGCGGCGCUUUCAAAAGAAUUCGAAGAGCGCCUGUAUAAGUUGGAAAAAUCGACUUCGGGAAUCAAGGAAGACUUUUCCGAGUUCAACCAGCUGGUUCGCCAUAAAAUCUCUGUCCUGGAAACCGUUUCGACUCGAAACGCGGAGAAACUGUCGACGCUCGAAGAAACUGAUAACAGCUAUCAACUGCGACUCGUCCAGCAGCAGUUGCGCACCUCUCAGCGGGAGAACGAAAUGCUCAAGAAAAAGGUGGAAGCGCUAGAACGCCAAGUCGAUCCGGUCCUGCUCGCGUUUGGCGACGAUCCGAGGGAGAAAAUCAGACAGAUCUGCCAGCAAGAAAUGAUGCGCCACGGCGUUAUUGAUUCGUACUCAAGAGGAAGAAAUUGA